AUGGCCAAACUUGAGAUGUAUAAUGGUCACUAUCUGUGGCACUACAUUCCCUCGUUUCCAGCUGCCGUCGUCUUCAUCGCCCUGUUCGGUCUGUUGACGGCUGGACACGCCUUCAAGCUAGUUCGACACAGGACGUGGUUCUGCAUCCCGUUUGUCGUCGGCGGUGGUUUUGAAACAGUGGGCUAUGUCGGCAGAGCCCUGGCACACGACAAGACUGGGAAGCUGAUCCCCCAUGUCCUGCAAUCCACCCUGCUCCUGCUUGCCCCGAUUCUGUUUGCCGCAUCGCUUUACAUGACGCUCAGCAGAGUCAUCCGUGCUGUCGGCGGUCAGUCAUGCUCCAUGAUUGCUCCCCGAUGGCUCACCACCGUCUUCGUCUUCAGCGAUGUCUUCAGCUUCAUCGUGCAAGCUAGCGGUGCGGGCCUGCGCGUUCAGGCGGGG